CUGAAAUAAACCACGCAUACAUCAAGCCCGAGUUGCGACGGGAACACCAGGCGGGAGCGCCGCUUCCCAAACAAAAGGGAGAAUCUUUCCCUCGGAGACUCCUGUUUCAUGGGACCGUGAUAGUUAUUGUGGAACAGGAAGAUGCGGACGAAAACCCUCUGACUCAAAAUCCGGAGAACCGGUGACCUGUUGAUUCCUUACCAACUGACAACUCACAUUAGUUAUUACUAAAUACGACAAGAGUUGCCAGCUGUGUCUCCGAAAAGGAGAUAUAAGCUGGCGCCCUCACCCUUUGCUUCUCAUGUUUCAAAAACAUUACUCUCGGCUCCCUCCGGGCUUGAGCCUUUGUAUAGUCUGUUUUUUCUCCAUGGCGUCGCUCGUGCUUUUUAUCUGUCUCUUGUUAUUUCUACAUAAUAUCUCUCAGUCGGCCGAAGCCACGGGCUCAUUGGUUAACUUAGGUUAUGCCAAAUACAGGGGUGUACAAAACCCAGGAGGGAUUACUCAUUGGCUUGGAAUGCGAUAUGCGGCACCUCCGUUGGGAAAUCUGCGAUUUGCCGCACCGGAGGAGCCAGUGAAAGAGAGAAAACAACAACAUGCAAAUAAAUUUGGCUUCAACUGCCUGUCAACUAAAACUAUUCCUCGAAAACAAACCUCAGAAGACUGCCUCUUUAUUAAUGUUUAUGCUCCAUCAAAUGCCAGAGCGGACUCUAAGCUCCCUGUUUAUUUCUAUAUUCAGGGCGGCGGAUUCAACGCCAAUGCCGGCGGGCGUAUCAACGGUACGGGCCUCAUCGAAGCUUCUGGCAUGAAGAUUAUCGUUGUGACUUUCAACUAUCGUGUGGGACUUUACGGCUUCCUCGCAAGCAAAGAGAUCAAGGAAAAGGCUAGCUUGAACAAUGGCCUAAAAGACCAAAUGAAGGCUCUUGAGUGGGUUAAAAAGCAUAUUAAACAGUUUGGUGGAGACCCUGACCAUGUCACAAUCGGAGGAGAUAGUGCUGGUGCAGCUUCUGUAUACUAUUUACUCACUGCUUUCGGGGGCAGAAGCGUUGACACUUUCCAUGCGGUCGCAGCAGGUUCUCCUUCGUUCGGAACACAGCUCAACGUCCAAGAAAGCCAAUACAUGUAUGACAAUCUUGUUGAAAACACAAAAUGCAAUGGCAAAGAUUCCCUUGCCUGUCUCCGCAGGGUAAAUGUAAUAGACAUGCAGAAACUCGACAAACGAUACCCUCUCCCUGGUGGCAAUGGUCCACCACUGUUCAUGUACAGCCCAACCAUAGACAAUGAUAUGAUCAGGGACUAUACCUACAAACUGAUCUCGAGCGGAAUGUUCAAAAAGGUCCCUAUGAUAUUUGGCUCAGACAAUAACGAAGGCACUGUCUUCGUUCCAAGGAUGACAAACAGCUUCAAAGAAUCCGACACGUUCCUGAAAAACCAAUUCCCAGCGAUGAAGGAAAAGCACUUCGAGAAGAUCCAUGACUUGUACCCCAAGACCAACGAUGUUUUUCCUGGCGCUAAAAGCUAUGGCGCAUACUGGCGCCAAGGAAGCAACGCCUACGGUGAAAUGCGAUACAACUGUCCCGCCAUCAUCCUCACUCUUGCAGGUAGUACAUAUGGCGAUCCGAAUAAAACAUGGAAUUUUCACUAUGAUGUUGAGGACCCUCCAGCCAUGAGAAGCGGCAUCGGAGUCGGCCACACGGCUCACGUUCCCGCUAUUUGGGGCCCAGAGUACGGCUACGGACCCGCCUCAUACAAGGACAAGGGUGUUAAUGCGCCGAUUGUGCCUGUUGUGCAAGGAUACUGGACAAGCUUUAUCCGCAGCUUUGAUCCGAAUAAAUAUCGAGCCAAGGGCAGCCCCGUUUGGGAAACGGUCACCACUGCGAAGACUGGCAAUGCGCUGCAUCAGUUAUACGUCAAAACAGGCGAGACGAAGACAAGAUUGAUGGACGAAGAUCAACUAGAGAGAUGUCGGUAUUUGUUUAGUGUUGGUGCUGAGCUCAAAAUGUGAUAUUAACGGAGAGAGCGCCUUGUAUAUGUGGUUUGUUAGAUUUGUUUCUGUUAUUUGUAUUUCAUGUUCUAGAUAGCAGCGGCGCCUGGAGAAUUUCGGGUCUUUUUCUGUUUCAUUUUAUACUUCUUCGGCCCUUGUGGUGUUUAGGGGGCCAUUUU